CGUCUCCCUCUUCCUUUCCUUCCUUCCUUCCUCCCUCCGUCGAAUCUCGAUAGCGAUUUCGUCAGAGAACCACCGCACCGGAGCUGCCGAAGCAGACGGCGACGAGGGGAGAGAACGCGAUGGCCGUGUCCCGGAGGAGCGGUCUCUCUUGUUCUCCGUCCAUGUAGAGGUGUUUUGAUGGUCGGAUGAUAUCAUGUUGCAGUGCAUAGAAAGUUUCAAGCAAUUAUUUGCUUCCAUAUUGAAGUGCUGUGAUCUCGACAUAUAUAAACAAUCUAGGGGCCUAGAAGAUCCCGAACUUCUCGCAAGGGAGACUGUUUUCAGCGUUAGUGAGAUCGAGGCACUCUAUGAGCUCUUCAAGAAGAUUAGCAGUGCCGUAAUUGAUGAUGGUCUGAUUAACAAGGAAGAGUUUCAAUUGGCACUAUUCAAAACAAACAAAAAGGAGAGUCUUUUUGCUGAUCGGGUGUUCGACUUGUUUGACACAAAGCACAAUGGGAUUCUGGGAUUUGAAGAGUUUGCCCGUGCUCUCUCAGUAUUUCAUCCGAAUGCCCCCAUUGAUGAAAAGAUUGAGUUUUCGUUUCAAUUGUACGACCUCAAGCAGCAAGGUUUUAUUGAGAGGCAGGAGGUGAAGCAAAUGGUAGUAGCUACGCUUGCCGAAUCCGGAAUGAAUCUUUCAGACGAUGUCAUAGAAAGUAUAAUUGAUAAGACAUUUGAGGAAGCUGAUACAAAACAUGACGGGAAGAUUGACAAGGAAGAGUGGAGAAGUCUUGUUCUCCGACAUCCAUCUCUGUUGAAAAACAUGACCCUACAGUACCUGAAGGAUAUCACGACGACAUUCCCAAGUUUUGUUUUCCAUUCCCAGGUGGAUGAUACCUGAGCUUUUUGAGAGUGCUGUGAACCGAGCCCGGUAGGAUUGAUUGGUCAAUUUUUUUGGUCGUUGUCAAGGUUUGCACUGCCGUUUUGCUGCAUUCUUGGUCUCUGUCAGAGUAGCUUGGCCCCUUCUUGUACACAGACGCAGAGAGUUUGCCUUUUAAGGAUUUCCUUGUGUUGGUAUUCUUUUCCCUACAACAUUUAUUCACUUGCUGGAUGUUUGGCUUCCCGUUUGUUGUCAAAUGUACUUUGGUUUGCCCCAAUAUAGAACGAUGAGAGUUUCGAAGGAAAUUAUUUUCAUGUUUCGGAGGUUGUAAAUAGAGCUAUUAAAUCAGAUUCUCAUUUGAAGAUGCUUGUUGCUUA